AAACCCGUCCACGGCCGUCAAAUCACCCGAAAAGUCCGCACCGCUGUUCUAGCGCAGAUGAGCUAUGUCCUUUCCUCGCUUCUCACUCAAAUGCUCCACUUCUAUUGAAAGCCAAAAAGCCGGAGAAUCAAUUUGUUGGCGACAGUAAAAGUAUCCGUUACACCAAAUGAAUCGGAUCCAAGUGGGCCACGAUGCCUCUUUCCGGGUCGGAUUCUCCGGUCACAGCGGCCAUCUCCGGCUGGAGCCUCUCCCGCCGGUCGAACGCCCCAACCCUCUGAGCUCGCUUCCAGAUUUCAUCUCGCCACCUGCAUUUGCUAGGGAAACACCUGAAACUAUAAAAGAGUAUAUAGAGGACACGUAUCUCUUGCCAAGAUUGGACCCUGAUGAGUUUUCUCCAGAAAAGGUUGGAAGACAGUGGGAUUUUGACUGGUUUGAUAGGGCAAAAGUACCUCUAGAGCCAUCAUUGCCACGGUCAGUGGUGAUCCAGAAAUGGGAAUUACCCUUUAGACGUUCAAAGAAAGAAUCAGCUUCAGGAAAAUGGGAACCCAUAUCAGAAGAGGUUGAGGUAUCAGAUCUAAUGGUAGGGGCUCAGGAUACUGGUCCUCUGCCCCGCAUGGUUGGACCAGCAAAGGAUUUCAUACGAGGAAGCAUCAAUAAUCGCCCCUUCCGUCCGGGUGGUUUGGAUGAUUCUCAAUCUCUGGACAGGAUUCCUCCUCUUGGUGCUUCUAAUGGUGAAUGGGUACAGGAGGUUCUUAAUGGUGGGCCUGCUCUGUUUGUUCCUCCAAGCUUUAAGCAAGGGUUAGAUCUUGGUGAUCUCAAGGCUUAUUCUCACUCAUGGAAAGUCUACAAGGGCCAGAGUGCACUCAAGGGAAAAUCAGAGGAAAAGCUGAACAAGCUGUCCAUACAAUUUGAUGACUUACUCAAGAAAGCUUGGGAAGAGGAUGAUGUUGCAGAAUCCAAGGAAGAUGGUCAUUCACCAGAAUCAGAUUCCAUUAAGUUGGAAGUUCAAUUGGAUGAGGUUGAAGCAUCCAGCAAUGUUGGUGAUCUUGAAUCGUCAGUGUUGGAUGAGAUUUUGUCUGUGGAAUCAGGAUCAAAGCCAGGAUUGGAUGGAACUAGUGAUGAUGGUGGACGACAGAAGAAAGAGGCCUGGGCUGUCAGUGGAGGUAAUGAAGGGAUUGCUGAUCACUUUCAUGAACUUGUCCCUGACAUGGCGCUUGAUUUUCCUUUUGAAUUGGAUACAUUCCAAAAGGAGGCUAUCUAUUAUCUUGAAAAGGGGGAUUCUGUUUUUGUGGCUGCUCAUACAUCAGCUGGCAAGACAGUUGUCGCAGAAUAUGCAUUUGCUUUGGCCUCGAAGCACUGCACUAGAGCUGUCUAUACUGCUCCAAUUAAAACUAUCAGCAACCAAAAAUAUCGAGAUUUCUGUGGAAAGUUUGAUGUUGGCCUUCUCACUGGGGAUGUUAGCUUGAGACCUGAGGCUUCCUGUCUCAUCAUGACCACUGAAAUUUUAAGGUCAAUGCUCUACAAGGGUGCUGAUAUAAUACGUGACAUUGAAUGGGUUAUAUUUGAUGAAGUGCACUAUGUCAAUGAUGUUGAAAGAGGUGUCGUUUGGGAAGAAGUUAUUAUCAUGCUUCCAAGACAUAUUAAUAUUGUUCUCCUCUCAGCAACGGUACCUAACACAAUUGAAUUUGCUGACUGGAUUGGUCGGACAAAGCAAAAGCAAAUCCGUGUUACUGGGACAACAAAAAGGCCAGUCCCAUUGGAGCACUGCAUAUUUUACUCUGGAGAACUUUACAAAAUAUGUGAAAGUGAAACUUUUCUGCCUCAAGGGUUGAAGACUGCUAAAGAUGUGCACAAGAAAAAGAAUUUGAGCACUGGUGGAGGUGGUUCUGGAACAUAUUCUGGGCCUCCUUCAGCAGCCCAUGAUGGGGCUCGAGCUCAGAGACGUGAAAAUCCUGGUUGGGGCAAACAGAAUAAGUAUUCUGGAUCUCAGAAAGUGGGAAACUUUUAUGGGACUGGUGGGGGGAACCAAAACAGCAGCGGUAGCCAGAGCAACUGGGGUUCAAGAAGAUCAGAAGCUUCCUUGUGGUUGUUGCUCAUUAACAAGCUUUCAAAGAAGUCACUGUUACCUGUGGUUAUAUUUUGUUUCUCGAAGAAUCGCUGUGAUAUCUCAGCUGAUAAAAUGACCGGGAUUGACCUCACAAGCAGUUCUGAGAAACAUGAGAUUCAUGUUUUCUGUGAAAAAGCAUUUUCACGACUAAAGGGGUCUGACAGGAACCUACCGCAGGUUAUCAGACUUCAAAGUCUUCUUCGUAGAGGGAUUGGUGUGCAUCAUGCUGGGCUGCUUCCCAUUGUUAAGGAAGUUGUUGAAAUGCUUUUCUGCCGUGGCGUGGUUAAGGUUUUGUUUUCAACAGAGACAUUUGCAAUGGGUGUUAAUGCCCCAGCCAGAACAGUUGUUUUUGAUUCUUUAAGGAAGUUUGAUGGCAGAGAAUUUAGACAGUUACUUCCUGGAGAAUACACUCAAAUGGCAGGUCGUGCUGGCAGAAGAGGACUUGAUAAAAUUGGUACAGUUGUUGUAAUGUGCCGUGAUGAAAUCCCAGAUGAGAGGGAUUUGAAGCAUGUUAUAGUUGGAAGUGCGACCCGGCUUGCAUCUCAAUUUCGUCUCACCUAUAUUAUGAUCCUGCAUCUCCUUCGUGUUGAAGAAUUAAAGGUGGAAGACAUGUUGAAAAGGAGUUUUGCUGAAUUCCAUGCUCAAAAGAAGCUUCCAGAAAAACAACAACUUUUAAUGCGAAAGCUUGCUCAGCCUACAAAAACUAUAGAAUGUAUAAAGGGGGAACCAACAAUUGAGGAAUACUACGACAUGUACACUGAGGCUGAGCAACAUAGUAACCAGAUAUUGGAAACAGUCAUGCAGUCCUCUGCUGCCCAACAAUUCCUUACUCUUGGAAGGGUGGUAGUUGUGAAAUCACAAUCUGUACAAGACCACUUAAUUGGAGUUGUAGUGAAAGCACCAUCUGCUUUUAGUAAACAAUACAUUGUUUUAGUGCUGAAGCCUCAUUUACCAUCAACAUUGCAAACUCCAUCUGAAAGUGGUAAUUUACAAGAUAAAAAAAGUGGCGCUUUCCCUGAAGGUCAUUUUAUUUUGCCAAAAGCAAAACGAGCUCUUGAAGAUGACUAUUAUACUUCUACUACUUCUCGAAAGGCAUCAGGCACUGUCAACAUUAAAUUACCUUAUCAUGGUGCCGCUGCUGGGGUGAGUUAUGAAGUUAGAGGAAUUGAUAAUAAAGAGUUCCUGUGCAUUUGCAUUCAUAAAAUAAAGAUUGAUCAAGUUGGGCUUCUUGAAGAUGCCAACAAUGCUGCUUACUCCAAGACUGUUCAACAGUUGUUGGGGCUGAAAUCAAAGGGACAUAAAUAUCCUCCUGCCCUAGACCCAUUGAAAGAUCUAAAGUUGAAAGACAUGACUCUUGUGGAAACAUACUACAAAUGGAAUAGCCUAUUGCAAAAGAUGGCAGAUAAUAAGUGCCAUGAAUGUGUAAAAUUGGAGGAGCACAUUAAGUUAGCAAAAGAAUUGAAAAGGCAUAAAGAAGAAGUUAAUGCUCUGAGGUAUCAAAUGUCAGAUGAAGCACUUCAGCAGAUGCCAGAUUUUCAGGGCCGAAUAGAUGUUCUGCAGGAAAUUGGAUGUAUAGAUGCUGAUCUUGUAGUUCAGAUCAAAGGGCGUGUUGCUUGUGAGAUGAAUUCUGGGGAGGAGUUGAUUUGCACGGAGUGUUUGUUUGAGAACCAACUGGAUGACCUGGAACCAGAGGAAGCGGUGGCGUUAAUGUCUGCCCUAGUGUUUCAGCAGAAGAAUACUUCUGAACCUUCUCUUACUCCCAAGCUGUCUCAGGCUAAACAGAGGUUGUACAAUACAGCCAUUAGGCUGGGGGAGCUACAGGCGCAGUUCAAGCUACAAAUAAGCCCUGAGGAGUAUGCUCAAGACAAUCUCAAGUUUGGCCUUGUUGAAGUGGUUUACGAAUGGGCAAAGGGAACUCCAUUUGCAGAUAUCUGUGAGCUCACAGAUGUUCCUGAAGGACUGAUAGUGAGGACCAUUGUCAGGCUGGAUGAGACAUGCCGUGAAUUCAGAAAUGCAGCCGCAAUUAUGGGUAAUUCUGCACUGCAUAAGAAAAUGGAAGCUGCUUCCAAUGCCAUAAAACGUGACAUUGUAUUUGCAGCUAGCUUAUACAUCACUGGACUUUGAUAUUGUCUUAGCUUGAAGAUGUUCCUUGCUUCACUUCCCUGUAGAACUAUGGCAAUUUUGGAGGAAGAGAGAAAAAAAAAAGAGCAUCUUCAUGUACAUUAAGGAAUGACCAGCCCAAUAUGUUAAGUUCCAUCAUGAUCUUUUGAUCAUGUUUGUUUUCCCCCCCUCCCUUAAUCAAUGUUCAUGAGCUUUUGCAUUUCCUG